AUGGGUUCUAACACAGCGUCUUCUCAGUCAUCGAAGCUGUUGUUCCGCCAGCUCUUUGAAAAGGACUCUUCUACGUACACUUACCUUCUGGCUGAUGUUUCACACCCUGACAAACCCGCGCUUUUGAUUGACCCUGUAGACAAAACUGCUGAUAGAGACCUGUCUCUUGUUAAAGAACUAGGAUUGAAGCUUAUCUAUGCCCUGAACACCCAUGUUCAUGCUGAUCAUGUCACUGGAACAGGCCUCAUUAAGACUAAGUCUCCAGGUGUGAAAUCUAUUAUUUCAAAAGCAAGUGGUUCCAAAGCUGAUCUUGUGGUUGAACCUGGUGAUAAAAUAUCUUUUGGAGAUCUUUUUCUUGAGGUUCGUGCCACGCCUGGACAUACAUUGGGUUGUGUUACCUAUGUUACAGCAGAUGGACCUGAUCAGCCUCAACCUCGGAUGGCAUUCACUGGUGAUGCUUUAUUGAUACGUGGAUGUGGAAGGACAGAUUUUCAGGUAAGCACUGUGGAAGAAGAAAUGCUAUAUAAUCCUCGCCUGACGAAGGAUGAGGUGAUUCCUUUGUACCCUUCUUCUUAUUCUGAUGCAGAAAAUGUUGAUUGA